AUGGCGAUUAAUAGGGGAUUAUCAGGUGGAAUCAUCCACAGGAACAAAAGCAAUGGACCUCACUUUUCUAUUGUUGUGCUCGUCUUGUUAUCAUUUCUCGUUUUCUCGAUUUUGUUCGUCGGCCGCGGUUUAUUGAGCUCUGCUUCCAAUGAUCAAAAUUAUUUUUCAACUAGCUCUGGUAAACAGGAUCUAAAUUGGAGAGAGCGGCUGGCAUUGCAACAUCUCAAACCUUUGUUCUCAAGAGAGGUAAUGGAUGUCAUCAAGGCCAACACUGACGAUUUAGGGCCCCUGAGUCUUGAUUCUUUCAGAAAGAAUAAUCUGUCUUUGUCGUGGAAUUUUGUUGGUCAAGAAAUUUCAGCAGGGAAAAAUACCACUUCUGCUCAGUCAAAAGAAGUGGCUGCAAAUGCUAAACGAGGCAAGCAGGAAGAUAAUUCUCAUGAAGAUCAUUCUAACUUUUUCGAGUCACCUGCUAAACUGGAGAGAAGGAAAUUGAGAGAAAAAAGACGUGAAAAGCGUGCUGCUGAUUUGGUAAAGCAAGAUGACGAUGUAAUAGUAAAACUUGAAGCUGCUGCCAUUGAACGUUCCAAGUCAGUUGACUCUGCAGUCUUGGGGAAGUACAGUAUAUGGAGGAGGGAGAAUGAAAAUGAAAAUUCUGAUUCAACUGUACGCUUGAUGCGAGAUCAAGUAAUCAUGGCGAGGGUUUAUAUAAGCAUUGCAAGAAUGAAAAAUAAGCUUGACUUGGUCCAUGAGCUUCAAAACCGGCUUAAAGAAAGUCAGCGUGCUUUAGGAGAGGCAACUGCUGAUUCUGAUUUACAUCACAGUGCACCUGAAAAAAUAAAAGCUAUGGGACAAGUGCUGUCUAAAAGUAGAGAACAAUUGUAUGAUUGCAAGCUUGUAACUGGACAGCUAAGAGCCAUGCUGCAAUCUGCAGAUGAGCAAGUCCGGAGUCUAAAAAAGCAAAGCACAUUCCUUAGCCAGCUAGCUGCCAAGACAAUUCCGAAUGGAAUUCACUGUUUAUCCAUGCGCUUAACAAUAGAUUAUUACCUCCUUCCCCCAGAAAAGAGGAAGUUCCCUCGCAGUGAGAAUCUGGAAAAUCCAAAUCUUUACCAUUAUGCUCUCUUUUCUGACAAUGUUCUUGCUGCUUCAGUUGUGGUCAGCUCAACUAUUGCAAACGCUAAGGAACCUGAGAAACAUGUUUUCCAUCUAGUUACUGAUAAGUUGAACUUUGGGGCAAUGAAUAUGUGGUUCCUGCUGAACCCUCCUGGAAAAGCUACCAUCCAUGUUGAAAAUGUUGAUGAAUUCAAGUGGCUUAAUUCAUCCUAUUGUCCUGUUUUGCGCCAGUUGGAGUCUGCUGCCAUGAAGGAGUACUACUUCAAGUCAGCUCAUCCUACCACACUCUCUGCUGGUUCAUCGAACCUUAAGUACAGGAACCCAAAGUAUCUUUCAAUGCUCAAUCACUUGAGGUUUUAUCUCCCACAGGUUUAUCCCAAGUUGGAUAAAAUCCUUUUUCUUGACGAUGACAUUGUUGUUCAGAAAGACUUAACAGGAUUGUGGUUGGUAGAUCUUCAUGGAAAAGUGAACGGUGCAGUUGAAACCUGUGGCGAGAGCUUUCAUCGUUUUGACAAGUACCUUAAUUUUUCAAAUCCUCAUAUUUCUUCAAACUUUGAUCCCAAUGCUUGUGGGUGGGCAUAUGGAAUGAACAUUUUUGAUCUUAAGGCGUGGAAAGAGAAGGAUAUAACUGGAAUAUACCACAAAUGGCAGAAUAUGAAUGAAGACAGGGUUCUGUGGAAGCUUGGAACUCUACCUCCGGGUUUAAUGACUUUUUAUGGGCUUACACAUCCACUUGAUAAGUCGUGGCACGUUCUUGGGUUGGGUUACAGUCCAAGCGUUGAUCGGUCAGAAAUUGAGAAUGCAGCUGUUAUACAUUACAACGGGAACAUGAAACCCUGGCUAGAGUUGGCAAUGACGAAGUACAGGCCAUACUGGACGAACCACAAAGGCAUUUAUCCGACUAAAGCUGCCUUUCUUCUCAAUCUAUGA